ACAAGCGGGAAAAGGUUACAUUUUGACAGUUGUCACUUGUCAGUUGGUCACUGAAAGCCAGUUUUUAUCAAAAGAAUUAAGCCUUUUGUUCAAAGACAAGAAUUGUUUUUAAAUAAAUAAAUUUAAAAAAACAAACACACAGAUAAAAAUAAUGUCAAUUCUCUCAGGCCGGGUGAUUUAUUUUGUACAAGGGAGCCAUUCAGGCGAAAGGGAGAUGGGAAAAGCUUUCGCGGCCUGCAAAGAUAAGAAACUGAAGCCGAAGAUGAUCUUCAAAGAGGAUCUGGUUGAACUUACGCACGACAAGAAUUCAAUUUUUGUCAUUGACGAUUUCAAAGGAGAGACGUUUCAGUAUCUUAAAUUGAAAGACUGCUUAAUCGUUGGUCCAAGAUGUAUGUAUAGCUGUGUAAAAAAUGGAAUUCCAAUUCCUGAAAAUGAUUCACCCGUUUUUAAUCUUGCCAUGGUUGGAGUAGUUGCAACAGCAUCUAAACUCAGUAGAACACAAAAGGAAGAGCUGGCUUCACUCAUUGGCUAUAUGGGAGGAAUUUACACUGAUAGAUUUACGACAGAUAUUACCCAUUUAAUAACAGAUGGAGGAAAAUCUCCAAAAUAUGAGUGUUUUGUUUUUGCAUUUGUUCAGAAUGCAAUUAACAUCGGACUCCCUGUAAUGUCAAGUUCUUGGGUUAAGACUGUCUGGGAGAGAUCGCUUGUGAUGAAAGUAUCAGCAUUGGAUCCUGGGUUUUUAAAUCUCCGCCUUUCACCUUUUAAAGGACUCUACAUAAGCUUUAGCAAUUUACCUCACUUGACAAAAAGAAGGCUUCAGAAUAUUAUUGAAUCACACGGUGGAACAUACAUGUCGACUCUUGAACAAAAAAAGACAUCCGUAUUGAUUGUCGGUGAGCCGGAAGGCAGGAAGUUUCAGCAUGCACAACUCUGGGGCAUACCUUGCUUGAGACCUUCUUGGAUCCACGAGUCAGUUGAAAAAGGCGCAGCUGUCAAAAUGAUUGACCAUAUUGUCCAAAGUCAAGUGAAAUGUUCAACUCCUGUUUCUAAUCAAUCAAACUUUGUGAAUUCAGUAGACAUUUCUACAAUCCAUAAAACACAAGAAAGUAAUUUUAUCAGCGAAACAGAUAUUUCUUUUGCGAGUACUUGUUCUCUUAGAAAACCUGGAAAAAGACAAACUGAGACAGAUGAUUACAAGAAAUUGCUGAAUAAUAUUGACUUGUCACUUGUUUCAAAUGCUGGGUUAUUCCUUGAUGGCUGCAAGAUUUUUCUAAGUGGCUUCACAGCUGAAGAGAUGGAUAGACUUAAAAGAAUAAUAAACUUGGGAGGGGCCACAUUUUUUACACAGUUAACUGAGCGGCUAACACAUGUUAUUGUUGGUAAUGCUGAACUGCUGGAUAAAAAAUCACUGAUAGAAUUUAAACUAAUGGGGCAGACGGUCAGUUUAAAAUGGCUGGUAGCAUCGAUCGAAGAAGGCUGUCCAAGCAGAAUUGAAUCUUAUGCUAUUUUCAGACAGUACAGACAAUCAUCCCCAAUGAGUAGUCCUAGGGGAAAAGAAAUUUUGCAAUUUGACACUACUCCAUGCCAUAAUAAAAGAAAUCUUAAUAAAACUACAGACUUUAUAAAGACACCAUGUCAACAAGGUAACAAAUUGGAAAUGAGAGCGCAAGAAGAAUUAGAAUAUUUUAAAAAACAAACAGGGGUUGAGAUCGAGUGCAAAAGUGGAACAGUGGAACACACUUCAUUGUCAAUAGAGUCUAUUGAAGUUGGGCCAAUUUUUGAAGGAAUUGCUUUUAAAGUCAUAGGAUUUGACAAUCCAUCACAGAUAAUCAAAGCAAUAGAAAAUCUCAGCGGUGAAGUAUUUUCAGAUAAAUUUCAAGGCAAAGUGGACUUCACAGUUGUUCCACUUAUCAGUUUUAGUGAUCCUGAUUCAUUACAGACCGUCACGAGUCUCUGGCUGGAAGAUUGUUACGAGCAAGGGACGGUUGUUCAAGUAGAGUAUUUUCACAGGCCUGUUUCAGUUACAAUCAACAUGAAACCACUGGAGGAUUGUGUUUUUUGCACAACCGGGUUCUUAGGGAAAGAGAGGAGUUUCUUAUGUUAUUUGGCUGAAGCCCUUGGUGCAAAAAUACAGGACUCAUUUUCAUGUAAAGAUCAUCUAGAGAAAGGAGUUUUGAGAUCAACCCAUUUGUUGUGCAAAUCUGAAACUGGCAGUAAAUUUAAUGCUGCUGUUAAAUGGGGCAUCCCGAUUGUUAGCAAGGAUUGGCUACUCAAAUUACUCGAAAGUUGUUUUUUUGAUAAUAAAGAAAAUGAAAUUAUCGAAAAUGCUACAACACCGGUUAUGAAAGAAAAUGAAAACUACUCAAAAGUUUCUAGAGAAUCUAUGAAAGAUUUAUAUUUCAAGCAGAAAAAUGUGGAUAAUCUGUCUUUUGGAUCGGUUGGAAAGUCACCAUUUCACAUUUCAACACCCGAUACACCAUAUGGCCAGGUUUUCCUGAACGAAAGCCAGCCACCCACUCCUUCAACAAGAAAACGGUGGAUGAAAUGGAUCGACGACUUGCCCGAUCUUUAUCACAACUCACCAGAGAUGAAGCAGUUUCGUAAAAGCUGCUCAAGCACACCGUUGAAUAUUGUUAUGAAACAGCUCUGGGUGAAGUUUGGCGGUGCAACUAUCGAAGGGAUUGAUCCAGAAACUGGUGAUCUUUUGCCAGAUGGUCCUUACAAACAAUGGAUUUGUAAAAAUGAUAGUACAGGCCAAGUUUCACAAAAUUACGAAGAUAACUGUUUAACCAAUAUGAUGACAUUUGAGGAUGUGAGUAAGGUAUCGACUGAAAAGUUGAAUGAUAAAAACAGUUUUACAAGCGAGGUGCAAGAAAAAUCAACAACUUCAGACCAAGAUGAGUAUAGUUUUAACGAAAAAACGGAAGUGCCAAAAUGUUCAAUAACCACAAGUUGGCGUUAUGUGAAAAGGGUUAGCUGUGAAUCUGAUGAUGGACCUGCUUGGGAUUUUGGAAAGCCCAAAUCACAUUCGCUUACUUCGAAUAAUGGUUCAGUGCCUCAUAAAAAAAAGCGUAAAGCAGACCAAGUUGAGCAGAAACAAGAAGACAUCGUUGUUCAGGAAGAACAAAAUAUGGAAAAUGCAACGACAAAAACAGACCGUGUCUUUGUCAUUUCAAAUAUUCCACUUGACACUCAUAAGAAGUUGGUCAAUAUAAUAGAAAACCUUGGUGGUGAGAUAAGCAAGAAGAAAUUCUUCGACCCUGCAUCCACUCAUAUUAUUGUCGACAAACCAGUGAGGAGUGAAAAACUCCUGUGUGCAAUCGCCAGUGGAAAAUGGGUAUUGCACAUGUCAUAUUUGAUGCAGUGUUAUCAAUCCAGAAUGUUUUUACCUGAAGAGGAGUUUGAAUUGGGCAAUGAAAUAUCAAAGAAUAAGCUGCCCCAUUUGGACCCUGGCUCGAUUGAGAACAAGCUUGCAAUGGCAGCUUACAGGUGGCGAAUUAUGAAAACACACCUGUCAAUGCCGAGUGCUUUUAGGAAGUUCAAAGCGGUUUUUUGCACAUCGCAGUCCAAGACAGGCCAAUACAAGCGCCUCUUGGAGGCCGGUGGUGGCACAAUUUUAAAUGAAUGUGAUAUUCUAAGUGCUACGCAUGUAUUUUGGGAUAAACACGUCAAGCUACCUGUGAAGAAGGCAAUUCUUGACUCUAAGAAGAUUCUCAUCUUGAGGCCGAUAUACUUGGGUGAUUGCCUUAUGAAAGUGCCUGAGCCUAAUCCACAAAAAUAUACUGUUUGUUAAUUUUUGUUAAAUAGAGGAUUUUAGUUGAGGUAAAGAUA